AGCAGCAGCAGCAGCCCCCCAGCAGCAGCAGCAGCAGCAGGGGGGAGAGGGGCCCCCGCUGCAGCAGCAGCAAAGACUCCACUGGAGAAGAAGGAGAUUCAGAAGGGCCCAUUCAGCAGCAGACAGCAGACGCCGCAGACUCUGGGGGGCCCUUGUGGCUUCGAUGCGCCCCACAAGUGCUGCUGCUGCUGCUGCUGCUGCUGAUGGCGAUGCAGCAGAAGCAGCAGCAGCAGCUGCUGCUGCUGCUGCAGGGGGUGGCAGCAACGCCCCUCGGGGGCUUCCACAGCGGCGGGCGCUGCUGCGGCGAAUCCGCAGCAGCACUUCGGGCAGAAUCUUCAUUAGCCGGCGGUCAGCUCCUGCUGCUGCUGCUGCUGCUGCUGCUCCUGCUGCUGCAGCAGAAGACGGGCAGCGGCGGCAGCGCGGCAGCAGCAGCAGCAGCAGCGACUGGCACCUCGAGCAGCAGCGGCGCCGCAGCGAAGCCGAAGGAGACCCUGAGGCAGCAGCAGCAGCAGCAACGACUGCUGCUGCUGCUGUGGACUCGAGCAGCGGCAGCAGCAGCAGCAGCGACACCGUCCCAGCGGGCCCCGAAGACGCAGCAGCAGCAGCAGCGCCAGCAGCAGCAACUGCUGCUGCUGCUGCUAGGGGCCAGAGAAGAAGCAGGUUUAAGUCUGAACUUAAUUCCCUAAUUAGGGUUUUGUCCCGGAGGCAUCUGUCGUGA